CCAUGUUUGGCUUCACUUUUAGAUUAUGCAAUAUACUAGAGCGAGCCUUCCGUAUAUAGAGAGUUCACUGGCAUGCACACGAGGAAAUCUGACAAACUGGAGUACGCGGAGUAUGCCCAAAUUCGUCCUGCCCCGUGUGAACGUUGUCUAAAUGCGUAAAUUAUAGCGCGAAUGGGGCUCCUAUAGCUGAGCGGACGUAAUCCAACGGCAUCUACUGUGGCGACGGAAUCAGACUAAACCGGCAAUGAAUAACCACCCACGAUGUUCAGGCCAAGAAAGUGCCAUUUGGCCGGCAUAUUCAUGUUAUCAAUGUUGGGAAUAAUGUUCUACUUCCAUUUUCCUUGGGAUUAUAUUGAGGAAUCACUUUUAUCCGAAAGCCAACGGUUCCGAGAAACGAAAUCGGUCACAUCAGCCACAACAUAUGAACCGAAGGGGAUCGUAAUCAAUAAGCAAAUAUCGUUCCAAAAUUUCGAGGAUUCAAAGUCACUGGGAAAAACUAAAAAUAUCGAUGUCCUCGAAAUUCAAAAUAUUGUUAAGAUCAAAAGACGCAAGUACCGGUUACCGAAGAGAAAUCGGAGUUCUACUCAGUUUUGGAACAAAACAAUUGCUAGUAAAUAUUUGAUUAAUGUCUCUGACCACAGCUGUGAACCAUUAUACCCCCAGGUGGUACUUUACAACAGGAUAUUUAAAACAGCAAGUACAACUAUGACCUCGUUUCUUGAAAAUUGUAGUAAGAGCCUUAAUUAUGGAAUAUUGAAAGAAGCCACGGAAGAAUGGUCUAACCAAAGGAAAUCUCAUCCAAUACUGCAACGCAUUCAAAGCAAAGCGUAUCAGGAUCUACGAGAACGCAGACGUCACUUGGCAAUCUCUCAUUUUUACUUCAGGAUUAACUCGGGCCUUAAAAUGAAACAUACCUAUAUAAAUUUACUUCGUGAACCCGUAGAACGUUUCAUAUCUCAUUAUUAUUAUGUAAGAAGCCCAAAUCGUUGGGGGGAAAAGCUUCGUAAGUUGAAAGCUUUGGGUCAUUGGAAUGUGACCCUGGAACAAUGCAUUGAAAAUCAGUACGAAGGUUGUAAAUGGAACACUAUGACCAGAUUCUUUUGCGGACCAGAUACGUUUUGUCAGAACGGAACCAGCCAAGCCUUGUCGCAAGCGAAGGCCAACAUGUUUCGUUAUUACUGCAGUAUUGGUUUAGUAGAAUAUUUAAAUGAGUUCACGGCUGUUUUGCACAAACGUUUGCCAAACUUUAUCUCAAAAUAUCACAAGAUAAUAGGCAAGAAAUUCGUAACAGUCGGUGUCGAGAGGAAACCAAUUAGUGAUAGUGUCAUGGCCAAACUAAGAAUGGUUAACAAUGCAGAUAUUGAACUGUAUAAUUACGCCAAAACUUUGUUCCUUAAACAAGCCGAGCAAUGUGGAAUAAAAAUAAAAUGAACGUCUUCCAAAUUAAUCUGACAUUGGAAGAGGCCGGGUGAAGUCGAAGUGUAGUAAACAACUUCUAUUUUUUUAUAAUGCAAGUUGUCUUCUGAGCGAUCCAGGAUAUACUCACCCGUUCCCUAUUAAUGUCUGUCAUCUUGCGCGAGUAAUCUUUGUAUUAUUUCCUCACAUGUCGCCCCAUGGAUGUUGCAUUUCCGCAGCUCGUUACUGGGCUUUUUCCCUCGGUCUUAAUUAAGAUUGAAAAAAACCAAACACGAGUUUGGGAUAUUUUGAGCUAGGGGUUACAAUUACCCCUAGCCAUUUUAUUAAUAAAAUGACGUAAUAUUUAUUAACUUUAACAGAACUGAU